UUUUGGUUAUUUACACGUACAAAAUUAAUAUUUCUUCUUCCUCUUUGUUUUUUAGCUAUUUUUUAUUUUGCUGAUCUCCAUUCAUUUUCUGUUACUUGCCUCUCGCUUCGUCGAUCUUUCCCGUCGGUUUCUCCGUGUUAAUUUAUCGAGGGUCGGAUUUUUCUCUUAAUUUAUCGCUACUAAAUUAGGGUUUCGUGGCCUUCUUGAUUAUGCUAUUCCAAGCUUAAUUUGAUCUUAAUAUGUCGAAUUCAGGAUGCUGAGUAGAUGCUGAUGAUGAAUCAAGGAGUUAAUACGCAAGCCAGAGCUUCAGUGGACCCUAAUUCACUUGAGGGUCGAUAUGUUGUUGAUGUGAGCCAAGGGCAAACAUCUUCGUAUAAUCCCACAGCAUAUGAGUCUGAAGCUGCACCAUGGACCAUGCAUAGAGUGGAUAAUCACACUACAGAGAAUGGAAUUCUUUCAAAUUCCAGUUAUCACCAUGAUCACCGAACACAGCAGGUUGCAAGAAGUGCUCAAGAUAGUUUAAAUACUGCAUCCCUUGCUAGUUCAUCGGCUCAAGGAACAAUGAGCGUAACCCAAGAUUACAGUAGUUAUGCAGCAUACAAUCCUACAGAUCCAUAUGGUUAUGGAAGCAGUGGAUAUUCAAGUUACUAUAAUAAUGGUUAUCAGCAGCAACCCAACCACGCAUACUCACAGCAGCAACCCAGCCACUCAUACUCUCAGCAGCAACCCAGCCACUCAUACUCUCAGCAGCAGCCUACCCAUUCGUACUCUUCAACUGGAGGGGCAUAUCAAAACACAGGUGCUCCUUAUCAGCCUCUUUCCUCAUUUCAGAAUACAGGGUCUUAUACUGGGACAACAAGUUAUUCAACCACUUACUACAAUCCUGGUGAUUAUCAGACAGCUGGAGGUUACCCAAGUAGUGGAUACAGUAAUCAGACUUCCUUGUGGAAUGAUCCCAAUAACGCAAAUUAUACAUCUCAGCAGUAUUCAACCUAUGUUCCAGACACAACAAGUGCUUAUAGUUCUGGUACUGCAGCCUCAACGUCAAUGAACUACGAGCAGCAUUACAAGCAAUGGGCUGAUUAUUACAGUCAAACAGAAGUUAGUUGCGCUCCGGGGACAGAACACUUGUCUGCUGCUAGCACAUCUAACCUGGGAAGUGCAGUGUCAGGUGUGUGUCCUACUUCCAACACCCAACCUCCCGCAUCUUUCACCCCGGCAUCUUGGAGGCCUGAAUCCGUGCCAUCUGAAUUGCCAUCUUUGCAGACCGGUGCAACUAUCAGUAGCACUCAUGAUGGCUGGAAACAAGGGACUCCAAGUUUUCAAAAUCACCAUGCUAGUCCUACGCAACCACACUUUCAAAUUUCUCUUGAGUCAAAAGCUUCAUAUGAUAAUAUUCAGGAACAACAACAGACUGCUCCACAAGCUCCUAAUUCACAAUUUCCUGCAGCUCAUCAGGUGACUCAGAGUUAUCAAUCAACUCUGCAAAAUGCUUCAUCUUUAGAUUCUCGAAGGGUAAGCAGAAUGCAGAUUCCAACAAAUCCUAGAAUUGCUUCAAAUUUGGCUUUGGGUUUAUCAAAAACCGACAAGGAUGGCCCCAUGAACAGUGCAGCAGCAAAACCUGCUUAUAUCAGUGUGUCGAUGCCAAAGCCAAAUGACAGAGUGUUGUCUAAUGAUGCGACUAAUUCCAUGCUUAAGCCUGGAAUGUUUCCUAACUCACUGCGUCGUUAUGUUGAAAGAGCUUUCAAUCUCUGUAAAGAUGAUACACAAAGGGUAGCUUGUCAGACUAUCAUGAAGGAGAUCAUUACGAAGGCAACUGCUGAUGGUACACUUAACACUCGGGACUGGGAUGCAGAGCCUCUGUUUGCAAUACCAAAUGCUGAGGCUGUCAAUAUGGAUUCACAAUGUCCCACUCCUGUUUCUUCAUUACCGAGGUAUAAAAGGAGUCCAGGCAGACGAUCUAAAAGUAGAUGGGAGCCUUUACCAGAAGAGAAAUCGGUUGAUAAGCCUGUUUCCAUCAGUAAUCAUAUUGUAAAAUAUGAUGGUUGGGAAAGAAAGCCUCCAAGUGUGAAUUCUGAGAGCAAGUGGAAUGCUUUGAAUAAUAUGAAAUUUUCUUCAUCAGAGCAAAAACUUCCAAGUAAAAAUACUCAGAGGCCAGCUAAGAGGCAGCAUCUAGCUGAUGGUUUGAAUGCUGCUAAUAAUGAUGCAUCAAGUGAUAGUGAUAAGGAGCAAAGUUUAACUGCUUAUUAUUCUAGUGCAAUAUCAAUUGCAAAUACACCAGAGGAAAAAAAGAGACGUGAAAGUCGAUCUAAGCGAUUUGAAAAAGGACAAGGACAUCGAGCUGAAAUUAAUUACCUGAAACAAAAAAAUGCUGGUGCUGGAAACUUGUACAGUAGGCGGGCUAGUGCGUUGAUGCUUAACAAAAGUUUUGAUGACAGUGGAAGCAAAGCCGUUGAAGACAUUGAUUGGGAUGCACUAACUGUCAAGGGUACCUGCCAGGAAAUUGAGAAACGUUAUUUGCGCCUAACUUCUGCACCUGAUCCUUCCACUGUUAGACCAGAAGAAGUGCUAGAAAAAGCUCUGCUUAUGGUUCAGAAUUCUCAGAAGAACUACCUGUAUAAAUGCGAUCAGUUGAAGUCUAUUCGCCAAGAUCUAACUGUGCAACGAAUACACAAUCAGCUAACAGUUAAGGUGUAUGAAACGCAUGCUCGAUUAUCACUGGAAGCAGGGGACUUGCCUGAGUAUAAUCAGUGUCAAUCGCAGUUGAAAACCCUCUAUGCUGAAGGAAUUGAAGGAUGUCAUAUGGAGUUCGCAGCUUAUAACUUACUAUGUGUUAUAUUGCACUCAAAUAACCACAGAGAUCUUGUAUCAUCGAUGUCAAGAUUAACUGAGGGGGCGAAGAAGGAUAAAGCUGUUAAACAUGCUCUUGCUGUUCGUGCAGCUGUCACUUCGGGAAACUAUGUUAUGUUUUUCAGACUUUACAAGGAGGCUCCUAACUUGAACACCUGCCUUAUGGAUCUCUAUGUUGAAAAGAUGCGUUACAAGGCUGUGAGUUGCAUGUCCCGGUCAUAUCGCCCUACAAUACCUAUUUCUUACAUUGCACAGGUUUUGGGCUUCUCCAGAACAAGUGAUGGAAAUGAUGAGAAGGACUCGGAUGGGUCAGGAUUAGUGGAGUGUGUGGAAUGGAUGAAUACACAUGGUGCUUGCCUGACCUCAGAUAACAGUGGAGAGAUUCAGCUUGAUACAAAGGCUUCAUCCUCCAGUCUAUACAUGCCGGAACCUGAAGAUGCUGUGGCCCAUGGAGAUGCUAAUCUGGCUGUCAAUGAUUUUCUGACACGGACAUCCUUGUAGCCAAGUUGAUUGAAAUUUAAUUAUAUAGACAGCAUGGUAAGAAAACCAUGGAAAUAUCUACGCUGCCCAAAACAAGCCGGGGCGGGGGCGGGGCUAUUUUCUGCCCUGAGUUUAGCUUGAGCUUGUGGAGGUUGCCUGUAACUUUAGAGAGGGUAGAUCACAGAUGUAUAGAGUUGGGAACACAAAAUGAAAUAGAGCACACAAAUUCCCCUCGGAAAUGAUAUGCCUAGGGUUGCUGAGGGCACCGAACUGGCACUAUAACUUAUGACUAGAUUGUUUGUUUUUGUUAACAAUGAUUCAUUCUUUCUCGGGGAAGACAAAACAUGUUAAAUAUACUUGAUGAUGAAGGGAAAUAAGAAACAUGAAUUUUGUUGUAUUUUAUAUUAAUGAAAGUCAAUGAUUUUUUUGGGCAUUCA